GGGCCCAAUACUAAAAAGUAUGUUAUAAGUACGCAUACUUUACAAAAUUGAUCAAUUUGACCAUUUAAUCAGUUUUUGACCUGUAGCAGAUUUUAAAUAUCAAAGUUAAUAUUUUUUAAUGUUUAAAAAUAUUUUUAUAUUCUACAUCAAUUUAAAAAGUUUUUUACAUUUUUUAUUUUUUAUUUUCACUUUAUUUUUUUCAGUUAUCUGCUUUUUUUAUUUUUUAUUUUAAUUUUUUUAGAAUGACCUACUAUAGCAGGUCAAAUGGCUUGAUUGAUUUAAUUUUAAAAGUAAACAUACGUGAUACGGAGUACUUUUUUUAGUACAAGGACAUAAGUGACGGAUUUGAAAAUACUAUAAGCUUAUUUGACCUUUUUUCCAAAAAAAAAUGAAAAAAUGAUAAGGGGGAUUAAAUGGAUACAUUGGUUGUAACUUGUAACAAAAAAAAUGGAUACAUUGGAAAUUUGGAAGUUUCAAAUAGAAGGAAAAGCAGAAUUGCAGAAACACCCCAUACCAACUCCCAAGGAAGCCCAAAGAACGUUCAAACUUCAAAGCCAGUUGCGAAGUUCCUUAUAUUAACUAUUUUCGCGCCCACAUAGUCUUUUCUCUUCCCGUUAAUGCGUGUGGUGUUGAUCUUUUCGUUUUUAUGGAUCCUCAUAACAUAUUAGAUCAUAUGUUGUACCUAUAUUUAUCCAGUUAAGAAAACACUUACAUAUCACCUUCUGGUGAAAAAGGUUAAAUAAAGAGACAAAAACAAAAGAUGGUGACCAUGUCUCUUGCUUCCAUUUAUCUAAGCCUUUUAUUACUUCGAAUCAAGUUAGCUCACAGCAUUACCAAAAAUCUCCUUCACAAAUACACUAUAGUUUUAUUUAUUAAUUAAAUGCAUUCUAAAGGGAGAGAACGCGGAAGGGAAUAGGUGAUACCUUGAUGCAAAAGAAGAGAAUCAUCACAUACAUACGAAAAGAAAUGCAUGUUUUUUGUGUAUUAGACGAAAUCCAGCCUGUUUACAUAUCCUUUCGUUAUCGUAAUUUUUUCUCUUAAGAUAUGAAAACAAUUAAGACCAUAUUAUUUAUUUGUAGUUGUCAAUGUCAUGGGGAGCAUUGAAAUUCAUAACAAGUGUUUAUUCCAAUAAUGGUACCCCCAAGGUUUGCUUGAAGAUUUAAUGAAGCAGAUGAAGGCAAAGUCAUGUUCUCAUGCUGGUGUUGUUAAAUUUUUAAUUGACUUCGUUGUGGCGUUUCUGAAAAUGAAUACUUGUGGUCAACUAAAAAGAAUCUCAAACUAGAGCAAAGAAUUCUGAACUUUAUCGGUGGACGGAUUGGAGGAAGAAGAUGGUGUUAUAUUUCACUAGUGUAUCACCAACUUGCCUCUAUCCGAAGCAGAGGAAAUUCACACUAAAGGCUACGCAUCCACGCUAACCAAUGAAGUUUAUGCCUCUGAUGGUUGAGGCAUGGAAGCCCCGCACACCCUAGGGCUUUAUUGGAAUCUGAAGCACUAUGCAUGUGGUCGGUUUUGAGGCUCAUAUCUGGCAUUAUUAUCUUCAGAUUUAGCGCCCGUUGGGCACAUCAAUUUUCACUCAUUAAAGCCCCAAACGCCCAUAAGCAAAACCCUACAUAUUUCUGCCUGAUUGAAAACCUUCUUCGGAAUUCAGACAUCUCGGAGAAUUCAAUGUUAUUCUCCUCUUCACCAUUCACACUAGGAGUUUCUUCUCGCAAACUGAGAACACAUAUGUUCUUCUCUUCGGCUCUUCCUCUCCAUUCUCAUCAGACUGACUUCUCUUGCUACAAUCACAAUAUUUCUCAAACAAAUUAUUGAACAUCCCGGUUUGCCCAGCCAUCGGUAAGGAGCCGCGCGAGCGUAGAAUUUGUUCCGGUUUCACCCGCCACCAGAAAGAAAGCACUCCAUAUGAUGUCAUCUUUCUGGAACGACGGUGGUUCAGGAGGGUGCCGUUCGGUCCGAGGGACCCCUCCGGACAUUUAUCUGCACUGCAAUAAUCAACGUCCUCAGGUUCGGCCUCUCGCCGGUCAUCGAGGCGCCAUGUACCCGGCUUCUUGUAUGGCUCUUUCUGGUUGUGUUGCGACGAGCUCUUUGUAAAUUCUCUGAGGUAUCCUUAUCGGAUCAGCUCGUCUAUCGCCAUUUUGAGUUGAUGGCAGUUAUCCGUAUGGUGGCCCGUCCUCCGAUGGUAUUUGAAGUAAGAGGUCACGUCUUUCCCCAUUGUGGCCUUGGAGUCCAGAGGUUCCGCGAGGAGGCCCUUGUGCUUGAUAGCCUCAAAAAUCUGGCUAAGUGGAUAUGCAAGGCCAGGGGUGUAAACGAGUCGAGCCGAGCAUGGGUAUGCUUGAGCUUGAUAAGAAUUCACGAGCUCGAGCUCGAUCUCAAGCUUGGACGAGUUAAAUAAUUCGAGCUCGAUCUCGAGCCGAGCUCGGCUCGAGCUCCAUUCGAGCUUGGUUCGAGCUUGGUUCGAGCUCGGGUCAAGUUUCGCUAAUUAAGUUUUAUAGGUUUGAACUCGAAUAAGAUGCUCGAACUCGAGCUAAAAAUAUUACAUGUGUACUUAUUCAUUCUCAUUUUUAGUUUAUCUCUCAUUUACUUACAUUUUUAUUCUUUAUUGUACUGUCAAUAAAUAUUAAGAG